GCGAACCGCUACUCGGUCGCUGAAACUCUACUACGGCUGAAAGGAUGGAAGACGUGGCGGAGAACCAGCAAAGACUUGUUUAGAACCGACCGCGGGGGGUUUACCUGACAUGAAUUCAAGCUCAGCCUCUCUGCUAGGUUUCAGUAGCGGUCAGUGGAUACGCAGCGAGAGCUGCCCGAACGCCGCUCGAGGGGGGGCGGUUCGAUGCCAGCUCAGAUCGAGACGGUCUCAAACUGUGUGGACUGAUCCAUGUCACUAAGCCCGCGCAUGUGUGUACACUGGAGGGUAGCAACAGUAGAAUGAGCUGCCCUGGAGACUUCACUGUGUAUGGAGACUGACAACGGCACGCAUUCAGCAGUCGAUGCAGUCUUCCAGAGGCUAUCCCUCCUUUUGGCUGAGAAACCAGCAUCAUCAUGUCCCGAGUUUCCUCAAGCACCAAGCGCUACGCUGGCCCAUCCUACACCAGCCACUACAGCUCCUACAGCUCCUCCCUGACCCCAAGCCUUAGCUCCUACAGCGAUAGGGACAGGCUGUCCACCUACAGGUCUCCUACUUCCUCCUCUUCCUCAGGUUACUCCUCAUCCAGCUAUCUCAGCAGCGUGGCCACCCGCAAUCGCAACUACAGCACCUCCUCAGACCCAGAUAGAGACCGGGGUCGCACCGUCCCGCGCACAGACAUCCUCGGAAGCAGUAGCAGCAGCAGCAUCAGUAGCCGCAGAAGUGAGAGUCUCAGCAGAACUCCUGCUAAGAGCCACACAGGUUUUGGGCUUAACGGAGGGUCGACCUACACUGGCUACAGUUCUUACUCUUCAGCCCAGUCGAGCUACCUCUCCUCUUCACCGGUGGCCUCAAGCAUCUCUUUAAAUCGACGGAAAUCUGUAUCCCAGAGUGACCUAAGCAGAGACCUUGCUACCCUGAGCCUCACUGACACCUCACCAUCGUCUUCAACCACACCUUCUUCCUCUAGUAACCUGAGGACCUACCGCAGUCGAACCAGUGAUGUGACUGACUCUUAUGGCUCCAGUGCCCGAACGAAUUACUCAGGCCUGUUGCGGAGCUCGACUCAGGAGGCCCUUACACGGAGCUCUGCACAGGAGACCUGCAGCAGCAGCAGCAGCAGCAGCAGCAGCCGAGGGUUCAACUCCUCUUUGUGGGAGCCGAGCACCAAUGGGAUUUCUGACUCCACUGCCCGAGACUCCACGAACUCCAAGAGCGCCCAGGGCCUGGUGGGACUGAAAAACCUUGGAAAUACGUGUUUCAUGAACAGUAUCCUGCAGUGUCUCAGCAACACUCACAGCCUGAGAGACUACUGCCUGCACAACUCACACCGCAGAGACCUUAACAACACCCGCACCAACACAGCCCUCAUGGAAGAGUUUGCCAAGUUGAUCCAGACCAUGUGGACGUCCUCCAGUAGCGAUGCAGUAAGCCCCUCCGAGUUCAAAACGCAGAUACAGAGAUACGCCCCACGGUUUGUGGGGUACAACCAGCAGGACGCUCAAGAGUUCCUGCGCUUCCUCCUGGACGGUCUGCACAAUGAGAUCAAUAGGGUCACGGUUCGGCCAAGAGGCACAGUGGAGGAUUUUGAUCACCUGCCGGAUGAGGAGAAAGGAAAGAAGAUGUGGAGUAAAUAUUUGGAGAGGGAAGACAGUAAGAUCGUUGAUCUAUUUGUGGGGCAGCUGAAGAGCUCCCUCACCUGCAGCCACUGUGGCUUCUGCUCCACUGUCUUCGACCCAUUCUGGGAUCUGUCUCUGCCCAUCGCCAAGAAGGGCUACGGUGAGGUGAGCCUCAUGGAGUGUAUGCGUCUCUUUACCAAGGAAGAUGUCCUCGAUGGAGACGAGAAGCCAACUUGCUACAGGUGUAAAGCCAGGAGGAGAUGCACCAAAAAGUUCACCAUACAGAAGUUCCCCAAAAUCCUAGUGCUGCACCUCAAGCGUUUCUCAGAGGCCAGAAGAACCAGCAAACUGUCCACCUUCGUCAACUUUCCCAUGAAGGAUCUGGACCUACGGGAGUUUGCCUCUGAAAACAGCACCAACGCUGUCUACAACCUGUAUGCAGUGUCCAACCACUCAGGCACUACCAUGGGAGGUCACUACACAGCCUAUUGUCGCAACCCCAAUUCAGGGGAAUGGUACACCUUCAAUGACUCCAGAGUAACGCCAAUGUCAUCCAGUCAAGUGCGCAGCAGCGACGGCUACGUCUUGUUCUACGAGCUGGCGUCCUCCUCGCGCAUGUGAACCCUCCAAGAGGAAGCCCACAGCAGCACUCUGCCCUGGUGAACUGAUGGAUGGAACUUGGGCCUGUUAAUCGCUGGUCCUCUCUGUAAUGAAGUAGUGUUGCCCCCUGGGCCAGGGCACCAGGGCACCAGGGCAAUAGUCCACCCGACCGCUCAUCCAUCCCAGACUUCCCUCUCUAUGCACUGCAACUUUUGUCCUGACUGCGCCUUGGCUUUUUUUUCUCUCGUCUGCCUCAUAUCAUGUUUUUAUUUUUGCAACUUUUGCUUUGAAUUUAUGUUUUAAUGUUGUUUUUAUCUUUGGGGUGGAGUUUUGACCUCCCCGGCUUCACCCGGUCGUGCGGACAAGUGAUGUGUUUGUGACUGCGACGGGACUGCUCAAUUCACAAGCAGCAUGCAGCCCACUGGCCUGCUCUUCCACUGCACCACCACACUCCCACCUCUCCCUUCGCACCCUCAACGUUCACCUUUGAUGACAAGCGUUCGGGAGGCCGACGGCACUGUGAGCGCCUCACCUCUCCGAAGGCGACCGUCCAGCUCUCGAGCAUCCUUCCCUUGUGUGGCUGCUACUGACGUUUUAAAAGUGCUGUGAACGACUGAAACCAACCGUCCUGCUGAAUCUGCCGUGGAGUCAUUUGGAAGACGAGUUUAUCAAUAACCAUUAGGUCAUUUCUUCUCUCGUUUCAUGCCAUUGAACAACAUGGAAAGAAUGUUUUAAAGCAGAAAUGAAACACACAAAAUAUCUGUAUAUUUUUAUACCCUGAUGCAAUAGAGAAUGUACUAUUCAAUGGUGCUGAUCAAGACCCAUAACUGUUUUCUUUUGCUUUCUUUACCAGGUUUCGAGAGAGAGAUUAUUUAUGCUUAUAGAUGGUGAUGUGAUGGGUCACACUUUCUAACAGUGGCAGUCAAACACAAGUAAAUAUAUAAAUAUAUAUGAAUAAAAGUCAACAUGAAAGUGUUUUA